GCGCGCAUCGUUCGCACCUUCCUUUUAUAUACCAUAUAUAAAUACAUUGUCAUCGUCAUCGUGUUGCAACAGAACUACUGUGCGGAUCUUGGUGCAUCGUCGCGCGGUGCUUCGGAUCGACGACCGGUUCGCGAUCAGUCGUUGCCGAUUUUUUUAUUCGUUUUUUUUUUUGUUUUUUAUUUCUUCUUUUCCGUUUGGACGGUAUACGAUUCACGGUGUGUUUACCAUCAUGUAGCGACGCUAUAUUUGUUCGUUUGUACGCAGCGACCGACCGAACGAAAACAUCGAAUCAAUCAAAGAAAAUAACGAUCGAUCGUCCAUAUACAUUGUAUCAGCGCACUCCGCCAGCAAGUGUGUAUACGGUGCAAAAAAGUGAGUGUAACUGUCGAGCCGGUUCUUUUGCAGCUCUCUCGGUGUGAAGUAUCAUUAAUGCAGUGUGUCACAUUUUGUGCUAAAUAAUAAAUAUAACGAAGAAGAGAUACACAAAGUAUUAAAUUUUGUAAUAAUCACGAGUGCGUGCUUCGCAUAAUAUCGCAGUACAUACAGUGUGUCUUUUAUUACUGGCUGCCAAUUGGAGAAAAAAAAACGAGGCAUUAUACAUAAUAACGCGCGUUUUGCAUCGGCUCGUCUACUUCUGCAGCGAAUAAUAAGUAUAUCGAGGAAUUGCAAAGAGUCUCUUUCUCGCUGCUGCUGCUGCAACACAGAUACAUACGUACGCGCUCUUGUGACGCGUUACUUUCAAGGACCUUCGCUUCUACUACUUCUACUGCGAAUUGCAAGCAUCUAACGUCAUGGCUGCAGGCAUGAAUCUACCCAGGAUGGGGCUCGCUAUGCUGCUUGUAUUGCUAGGCCUGAGCUACAGCUCUGUGCACUCCGCAGCCGUAGUUGGCUCUGGUAGCAUGAUUCUCAUGGAACCUGAGUUGCCGAUCAAAAAGUGCAGAUACUCAAGGCCCUAUAACCGUCUUCAGGCUGCGUGUAAAGACUUGAAGCUCAACGAAAUUCCACAGAAUCUGCAAAGCUCAAUCGAGAUACUGAACGUCGGCGAGAAUCGCAUUCGCGAACUGAACAACGACACGCUGGCGCGCUACACGUCGCUGCGCUACCUUUACCUGGCGGACAAUUUCGUGCAGCAGGUGGCCGACCAAGCCUUCGCGCCGACCUAUUACCUCGAGGCGCUCGACCUCUCGAAGAACGGACUGCUCGAGCUGCCGCGCAGCCUCUUCCAGCUGCCGUUCCUGCGCAAUCUCUACCUCAACGACAAUCAGCUGACCGACGCGACCUUCAACGUCACCGGGGUGCGCUCGGCGCUCUCCUGGCUGUUCCUGUCCGGCAACAAGCUCACCAGAUUGCCGAGGCUCCAUCCUCUGCCGACCUUGGCUACGCUCAACGUCUCACACAACUUCAUCAGUCGGGUCACCGUCGACGAGAUCGCCCCCAUGUGCUCGCUCACCUCGCUCGUACUCACGGGCAAUCCGCUGAAAUUCGACGAGAACACCUGCGACUGCUACGUCUUCAAGAAGUGGAUCUUGCAGAUGACCAACAUCAAGGUCGAAUUCAAAGUCGACGACGGAUCUGGAAGGAUGAGGGACGACUUCCAGUGCCCCAAGAGCCAGGAGGAGCGCUGCCAGAACGUCCAGUUCGCCGAGCGCUGGUUGGAGAAGCACGAGGAGUGCGAGUCGCGCAAGAGGGAGCGCAUGGACAUGCAGAAGGCGCGCGCCACGUGGAUCUGGAUCGGCUCGUUCGUCGGCAUCUUCAUGGCCUGCAUCGCAGUGGCCCUGUGCUGCAUGCACAAGCGCCAGCGCGGCAAGCGACAGCGCCUCAAGGAGCAGCAGCUCAACAAUCCGGCCAACAGCGCCAACACCGAGACCCUGCUCAAGGAGGAGAAGCAGCAGCACGAGGACAAGCUCAAUCACGAUCUACCGUAGGAUAAGGGCUUGCGCGACGCUGAGAAAAAAAUCGACAACGAGUACGACGACGGUGAUAGGGACUGGUUCUGCUAUUAUUUGAUCAUUGAUUUGUGCUGCUUUGGCAGAUAAACGCAAUUACGUGAUGUACCUUAGAUCAUUUAAAGUUUGAAUCUAUCUCAUGAGCGACGCGCGUCUCAUUUGUUUAUUAUACAUAUAUAUAAUAUACAUAAAUAUUAUGUAAACAAAUACAAAAAUACGUACACAUAUGAAUUACAUUUAUGAAAGAUAGAUAUAUAUAUGAUUACAUUUAUAUAUAUCUAAAUAUAUUGCAUCUAGUCUUGCGCUCUUGUUGUUCGUAUAUCCAAGUGCUGAGAUGUUGGUUACCAAUCAAUUUUAUAUUCUAACAAAUAUAUUUACGAGCGUAAAAUUAUUUGUCACAGCGAGAUUUAGUUAAUCGAUAAAAAGAAUCAACAUGGUGCGCAUUUGCAAUGACAAUGAUGAUGCACGUUUCAAGACUGUACCUUGAUUUGAACGCAAAAAAAUAAUUAACUUCCAUAAUUCCAACGAUAAUAAUUAAUUGUAACGAUUGAGGAAGAACAAAAAGGUCGUGAAUUUUUUAUGAAAGAGCGCGUGCUCUCCCUCUCUUCGAAUUAUGAUUCGAGCAUUUUAAUAUAACGAUUUUUGAUACGACAUUUAUCAUUAGCAAGGUUUUUCAAUUUUGUAUCGUGAAAUUGAAAUACAACUUUUUUAACGCGUAAUAAUAUGCAUAAUUUAAAUGCAAUUUUUUUACAUUUCAGUAGAUGUGAAAUAUAAAAUUUGUUAUUUAUUCGCAAGCUUAUAGAAACAAUUAGUCAUUUGAGUUUAAUUUUAACCAACUUAAUUGAUGUUCGAAUUAUAUAAUUUUUCUUUUUUAUAUAAAGUACCUGCAUUAAAUGUUUAAAAUGAAAUAUUGACAUUUAUCGAUUGUGAAUGCUGUUUUUAAGCAUUUAUGUACAUUACGCAUCUCCUAUUGCAAUUACUUGUGAAUAUAUUCUCAUUAUAAUUUAAUGAGUGGAGUACUCUACUUAAAUUAACAAAUAAUGAUAAUGAAUAACAAGCCAAGAUUGAAUUGAUGCCAUAUUCUUUUCAAUUGAACAAAAAAUUAAUUUGCAUCGUAAUAUAGUAUAAUCGAUUGUACACUACACAACGAUAGCUUGCUAAUUGUAGAGUGAAAUUAUCGGUGCAUUUUAAUCAUCGAAUGUUUUAAAAACGUUCAAAGUGCAAUUGUUUUAAAGAAAUAUGGAUAACCGAGUAUCAAAGUAAUGCUGUAGCAUCGACAAAUUUUGUAUCGUCAUUUUUUUUUAAAUUAUUGAAAUACUUUUUUGUACUAAUUGUAUACAUUGUAAUAAUUAAAAAAAAAUUAAUACUCAAUCAAAUUAUAAAAAUCAUUUGACAACUUUCUUUUUAAGCUUUGAAGUAGUGAGUCAUUACUGACCAAUGAACAAAAACAUCUAAAGUAUUAAAAAAUAAUGUUUUAUUAACUUUAAAGCGCUUAUUAUAAGCGCACUUUGGACAUAUCCAUGCGAACGUGUAAAUAUUAUAAUAAAAGUACUUUCAAUAUAUUUAUAACGCUACUUCGAUAUACUUAUAUGUUAAUGUUUCUUGUUGUAUAAAAAAAUAUUAUAUAAAUCCCUCAUUUAAAUUAAUAUUUAGAUCAUAGAAUAUUACGAAUGAUAAAUUCAAUAUGAUUUCGAAAAAUGUAUUAAAAUUGUUUCAUUAAUGGUUACAAAAUUCUUUCAAAAAACAUGAUUGUAAAUUAAAAAGAUUGCUUUUGUCGAUCGUGCAAACAGAAAAGUUCAUGUAUAUUUGUUUCUGCUCAUUGGACCGAAUAUGACUACUAUUUCAUAAAUUAACUGAUUAAAUUGUUCUACUAAAUUGUUAACAGUUUGAUUUGGUUAAACAAUAUUCUAAUAUUGAUAAUUAAAUUGAAAAAUAACAUUUUUAGGGAAAAAUCGAUAUCUAUAAAGCAAAAUGUAAUUGGAUAAUAGUCAUUAGUGUAUAAGAAUUUAAGAUAUGAAAUUAGCUUAAGAUGUAUACAAAUUAUUCGUAAAUUCAACUUUUUAUUGCAAUAAAAUAGUAAUUUCUUAAUUUUAAAACAAUACUUAAUUUUAAAUAUAUACUUUAGAGUAAAAACUUUUAUUCCAUUACGAAAAUAUGUGUAUGAUGUUAAUAUAUAUUUGUAUGUUCGUACAAUUUUGGUCAGAACUGAAAAAUGCUUAUGCAUUUAUAUUUUUCUGGCAAUUUUUUUAGUUUAAAUUAGAAAUAUGAUGCGGCUUUUAUAUUAUCAUAAUUCC